AUGAUGCUUUGUCCUGAAUUGAACACUCAGAUACAAACCUGGCUUCGUGAUUACGACAAGAUUCAGUCGUUCGCCGUGAUUCUAAUUUACAUUCAAAUUGCUUGUGCUUUGAUUGGAUCAUUGGGGGCAUUAUAUAAUGGAAUUACGCUUGUAAAUCUCGGAAUUGGGUUAUUCGCAUUGGUUGCAAUCGAGAGUAGCAGCCAGAGUCUUGGUCGAACUUAUGCAGCUCUAUUAUUUUCCGCAAUUUUGCUAGACAUUCUGUGGUUCAUCUUCUUCAGUCAAGAAAUCUGGAACAUUUCUUCAGAGAUUUAUGGAGAAUUUGCGAUAUUUUCAAUGUAUAGAUUGGGGCCUUCACUUGUAGAUAGUAUAGUUCCUCGAGAUGGAGAUAUGGAUUCGAGGAACAGUUUCAUGAAUCCUGCAACACCUCCUCAUGUAGUUAGACGCACGUCUGGUUCUCUUGAUUCAGUUGGAGGAGGAGGAGGAGGAGGAGCUUCCAUCUAUGAUCCAUCAUACUACACCUCUCUUUUCCCAGAUAACCAUGAUGAAGAAUCUUUACAACCGGGUCAAAACCGUCGCAUGGGCAUGGAUGCGUCGCUGUCUGAUUCUCUGUUGAAGCCGCCUUUAGGAAAAUCUUUUCGGGGUUCAAAUGAAAGGAGCAUAGUAAACAGGCUUGGGAGUCUUUGAAGUAGAAAAAAGAUUAUUUCACAAUAUAUCAUAUGAUUCCUAUUUCAAUAUAUUCUUUUUUAAUUUAUUUUUACAGAAUGCAGCUUUAUUAUUAUUAUUAUUCUUAUAUUGAAUGAUUUGAGGUAACAUACUCUAAUGUACAGUUGCAUCUUUAAUCUAUUCAUUUAGUUGAAUUACAUUUGAGCAAAUAUGGUAUGCAUGAGGG